UCUAAUCUCACAUUUCACAAAAUCCAAAUCAAAUUCCCUUCAUAACUUCCUUCCUGCUUUUAUAACUGUCAACAAUUUAUUUAUUUAUUUAUUUUUAAAAUUAAUAAUCUAAAAUUUAAAUAAAACUAUCAAACCACGAAGAUACUCUUCUCGAUGAUUCCGCGGCCUUCUUAUCCUCGGAGAUCUGUCUCCGGCAAGGCGGCUCAGCCGGGCUCCGAGUGGCCGCUCCUCUCUUUCCCGCCGGAGAGAAACUCCGUCGACUUAGCUCGCCGUCCCGGAGGAAUCCUUUCAGUACCGACUGGGAGAUUUUUUUUGCCGGCGAAGGAGAAGAUGACCAGCCCACGACGGCCGACGAAACUUCUGCUGAACGUGACGAUGGAGAGGAGCUUGGGACCGGUUCAGGUAGUAAUUGGGUCGGAGAAUACGGUGGGUGAUUUGGUAAAGGCGGCGGUAGAGUUGUAUGUGGGAGAAAAGAGGAGGCCUCUGUUGCCGGAGAAUGAUCCGCACCGUUUUGAACUGCAUUACUCACAGUUUAGCUUGGAGAGUUUGAAGGAAGAGGAGAAGUUGAUAAAUUUAGGAUCAAGGAAUUUCUUCUUGUGCUCAAAGGCAAAGCGAGUAAUGUCUUCGAUAAAAUCUUCUUCUUGUUCUGAGGAAGCAACCUCAUUAUUAUCAUUAACAAGGUUGAUGGAUUUGUUAUUGUAAAUAUAUUUUUAUAAAAUUAUGUAGGGUACUUAUAGCAUCUUUAAUAAAAUACUAAAAUAGUUGUAUGGUGCUAUAUUUUAACACAUUUUAAAAUAAGUUCUCUAAUAAUGUAAUAAAACUUAUAUUAAA